CCAACAGGCCAUGGUAUCCUGAUUGGAGUCACUGAUUGUAACAAAAUGCACACACGAAUGUACAUUUUCCUACUACUGCUACUACUUCUAUCUACGGACAUCGCACUCGGUAGCGUCAACAAAACUAAAACGACGAAGGUCUCGCACAAACACAACUCUGCUAAAUAUCACCUAAAAGCUCACAGCGACCGCUCGAAGCGAUCCAUCGACGACGACGACGAAAAUCCUUUUUGGCCCAAUAGGGGAAAAAAAGAAUUAAACGCACUCAUAAAUUCAGAGAAAGAAUCGCCAUUUUGGGCAACCAGAGGAAGAAGGGAAAGUUCAUCCGUCGAAAACUAUAUAGAUGCUCAAAAACCUUAUAAAUCGUAUCUAUCCAAAAAUGAUAGGUAUUGUGAGAAUUGUUUCCCUUCCAGUAAUUCGGAUGAAGUAUACGGAAAUGUUAAGCACACUCGAGAUGAUGUAACGUCACCGUUUUGGGGCAAUCGCGGACGGCGCAGUUCUGAGGAGUUAAUUGAUAAUUUUUUGCCCGAUAGUCUCUUCUGGGGAAGCAGAAGCGCGCGGCAGGAAAAUGAACCUUUUUGGGGAAACAGAGGUAGAAGACAAGACGACCCUCCAUUCUGGGGCCACAGGGGAAGACGUGAGGAUGAACCGUUUUGGGGAAACAGAGGUAGGCGUGAAGAAACACCGUUUUGGGGCCAUCGUGGAAGACGCGAUGAUGUAGAUGAUCCUUUUUGGGGAAAUCGAGGCAGAAGAGACGAUUUCGAACCUUUUUGGGGUAAUCGAGGCAGACGAAAAGACUCGGAGCCCUUUUGGAGUAGUCGAGGCAGACGUAAGGAAGAUUUAAAAGAUUCAAUUCUACACGCGAUUAAUGACGUAGAGAAUGAUAUAGAAAAUUUAUCGAGACUAAAGAAAAGUGACAGCGAGCACAAUUCAUUUUGGGGUACCAGGCCGAGGGAGAGUAAGUUGAAACAUUUAUUUGACGGACCCAGGAACAGACCCCACGCCUUGACGUCUGAGCCGCGCACAGUUCACGAUAAUAGGAUCUAUGCCGAGGAACCACAUUACAUUAUUGUAGAAAGAAACAGUCGUUCAUCGGCAGAAGAUGACCCGUUUUACAUUUCAAGGGGCAAAAAGUAUUAUAUCAAUUUGCCGAAAGCAGCGAGGGAUCGACGCGGGGCAAUUGAAGAAAUAGUCAAAUCCGUUAGGAACGACCCUUUCUACAUAGCCAGAGGUAAAAAAGAUGACAUUGUCAAAGUUGCUAACACUACAAUGUCUCACGAAGAAUUCGUUAAAGCUAAGGAACUAAUUUGCGCUACGGUUGAACUUAUUAUGAUGAAAAACGAAAACAAUAAGACGAAAAGGGAUAUCACUGAUAGCGAAAGAGACAGGCGAACGAUAUUGAAGAAAUUGGCGGCUCAACUGCAAAUGGACCCGUACUUUGUAAGCAGAGGCAAGAAGAGCGGCGACUCCAACAACGAUGAUAACUUAGUAGAGUUUAUUAACGAAGUGGUUGGGAAAUGUAACUAAAGUAUUUUCAAAGGUGUAACAGAACAAUGGCCUACUUGGAAGAUGUAUAUUUAUGUACUUAACGUAUUCAUUAUUAUUAAGAUUCGUUGUGUAAUUUAAUAAAAUUGGUUGCGUGCUAA